AUUUUUUUCUGCGAGUAAGACGCCAUUUUCGGGCUCAGUACCGAUACAAUACGGGAUUUUUAGCAAUCUCAGUACUAGACACCCCUUAAAAUUGUGCUAUAAACUAAAGAUUGAGAGCUUGCAGUAACGAGAUAAGAUAAAGGAUUUCAUGAUAAUAAUCUUUAGAGAAAAAUAAAAUGAAUGUUUUAAAGGCGGUGAGUACACCGGUUCCCAAGCGACUACGAGAUCUAAUAAGAGAAAUUCGUUCUUCACGAACAGCAGCAGAUGAGAGAGCUGUAGUUAAUAAAGAAUGUGCAACAAUUCGAGAUUCAUUUAGAGAUCAGGAUAAUACAUAUCGCUGUCGCAAUGUUGCCAAGCUUCUUUACAUACACAUGCUUGGUUACCCAGCACAUUUUGGUCAGCUUGAAUGUAUGAAACUUAUUGCUUCACCAAGAUUUACUGAUAAAAGGAUCGGGUAUUUAGGUGCUAUGUUGCUACUAGAUGAAAGACAAGAUGUUCAUCUCCUAAUUACUAAUUCUCUGAAAAAUGAUCUUGGUCACCAGACACAGUACAUUCAGAGCUUGGCAUUAUGCACUCUUGGUGCAAUCUGCUCUACAGAAAUGAGCAGAGAUUUAGCUGGAGAGGUUGAGAAGAUGAUCAAAUCUUCAAAUGCAUAUAUAAAGAAAAAGGCUAUUUUGUGUGCUUUCGGUAUCAUCCGGAAAGUACCAGAUCUUAUGGAGAUGUAUAUCCCAGCAACCCGGUCACUUUUAAAUGAAAAAAAUCAUGGUGUCUUGUUGACAGCUGUCUGUUUGAUAACAGAAAUGAGUGAAAAAAGCCCUGAUACUUUACAUCACUUUAGAAAGUUAGUUCCACAGUUGGUCAGAAUCCUUAAAAACCUUAUUAUGGCAGGUUACUCACCUGAACAUGAUGUUUCUGGUGUGAGUGAUCCAUUUUUGCAGGUCAAAAUAUUGAGGCUGUUGAGAAUACUGGGACACAAUGAUGCAGAAGCUAGUGAAACUAUGAAUGAUAUAUUAGCUCAGGUUGCAACCAAUACUGAUACUAGUAAAAAUGUUGGACAUGCAAUAUUGUAUGAAAUAGUAUUAACUAUUAUGGGAAUCCAGUCAGAAGCUGGUCUAAGAGUUCUUGCUGUCAACAUUCUAGGCAGAUUUCUACUUAACAAUGAUAAAAACAUCAGAUAUGUUGCUCUAAACACCUUGUUGCGUGUUGUCAGUGCAGAUUAUAAUGCCGUUCAAAGGCAUAGAACAACUAUUGUGGAUUGUUUGAAAGAUCCUGACAUAUCUAUUAGAAGGCGAGCCAUUGAGCUAUCCUUUGCUUUGAUCAACCACAACAAUGUCAGGGGAAUGAUGAAAGAGCUGUUGUUGUUUCUUGAAACCUGUGAUCCAGAAUUCAAAUCUGAUUGCUGUUCAAAUAUAGUCAUGGCUUCAGCAAAAUAUUCCCCUAAUAAAAGAUGGCAUAUUGACACAGUUUUGAAAGUGUUAACAACAGCUGGCAAUUACAUCAAAGGCGAUGUGGUGACUAUAGCCAUUCAACUAGUAUCUGAAACAUCAACUCUUCAUGCAUAUUCUGUGCAGCAGUUAUUCAGAGCACUACGCAGUGAUAUUACUCAGCAACCUUUGGCCCAAGUAGCAGCAUGGUGUAUUGGAGAGUAUGGGGAGUUAAUUAAUUCCAGUAGUGUAGAAGAGGAAGAACCCCUGCAUGUAACUGAAGAUGAGGUGAUAACUUUGCUUGAAAGAGUAUUGGCAAACAAUAACUCAGCUGUUGUAACUAAAGAGUAUGUUAUCACAGCACUAAUGAAGCUUUCCUCAAGAUUUAUAAACAGUUCUUUGCGACUAAGGCAGAUAAUUGCACAGUAUGGUUCAAGUACAAAUGUUGAGCUCCAGCAACGUAGUGUCGAAUACUCAAACCUGUUCACAAAAUUUGAUCAUAUGAGACCAGCAUUACUUGAACAUAUGCCUUUAAUAGAGGCUCAUCCACACAGCAUAGAAGUGGGAUUCCAAGAAAAGCAGGAUGAGCUGCACCUUCUGACAGAUUCAUUUUCAAGGACUGUUGCACACAAUGCAGCUCCUGGAUUACCUGCAGAAAAUGGUGAUAUUUUAGAUAUUUUAUCCAAUGGUUCAGUUCCAUCAUCACAUGUGGAUUCAAUGAAAAAUGGUGGAGGGGCUUCAGAUCUUCUUGACUUACUUGGAGAUUUAGGGACAGAUGUGUCACCUAUACCAGUACAUAAUAAUACAGUUUUAUCACCAGUCAGCAACAAUCUUUUGGAUGGUUUCAUGCAGCCAGCAACACAACCAAAUGCUCUUGUAAAUGGGACAUCAGCUCUGCCGGUUGUAACAGCUUUUAACAAAGAUGGACUUCUAAUAGAAUUCAAUUGUCAGAAAGCUAACAAUGAUGCCACCAAAACUGUGAUUAAUAUGAAGGCAACUAAUUCCUCUCCAUUCCCAAUGCUAGACUUUGUCUUUCAGGCCGCAGUGCCGAAGUCAUUCCAGUUAAACCUUCAGUCCCCCUCAGGUAACAGGCUCCCUCCAGUUAAUUCAGGGCAUGUAACACAAGUUAUACAGCUCAGUAAUCCACAGAAGCAACCCAUACGAAUGCGUUUAAGAAUAACCUACACACAGAACGGAAAGACAGUUAAUGAGAUGGGUGAAGUCAGUACAUUCCCACCAGAGCUUUGGCAAUAACAUCUUGUAACAUUUUAUGUUUCUUUUUUUUUUGGCUGUGAGAAUGGCUGAAUGUCAGAAAAUGUGUUAAUGUGAGAAAGUUUGUUGGGUUUAUGAGUCGUCAUUGUAAGUAAAUACUUAUAGUAACAAGAGGAAAAUAUUGUAAUUGAUUAACUAAGGAAUAAAUGAACAAAUAAUUAAGCGAGUCCCUCAAAACUAUAGUAUGUACAUUUUAAAAAAUAUCUUGGUUCAUUAUAUAUUUUUAAAGCAUGCAAUUUUCUUUUUAACUUAGCAUUCAAUCAGAAAACAUUAUAACCUGCUGUAGUUAAAUAUCACAGACUCUUGUAUUUUCUUACGCAAAAUAUUUAUUCAAAACUUGGUUUAGAGGGUUUAAAGCAGUGAUUUUAUGGUAUUUCUAUGUCUGUUAAAGCAAACACAUAACCAGUCUAUGAUGAAAAAUUUUGAAAUAUUUAAAGCAGUAAACUUCUAAGUGCAUUUUUGAUUACCUUUAAAUGCACAACAUAAGUAUAUAAUAUUUGCAUAGAUCAUUUAAUUACUCAUUUAUUAAAUUGUUCUUACCUCUCUAUUUUAAAUUUAUUUUAGUGGAUUUUCUUGUCUUUGCUAUUUUUUUUAAGUUGCUGUAUUUAUAUAUUUAUUUUCAAAUUAAUUGCCCACUAUAAACAAAAUUGAAGUAACCCUUUAUAGUACUAUUAUUUUCCCACCUGUUAGCAGAUAUCAAUUUUAUAAUACAAUUUAAUCUUUAUGUCUGCCAGUAACAUUGAACUUGAAGUGAAUGUUGCUUGAUUCUUGAGCAUUUGGAUGGGCAUUACAGCUGUUUAGGUUUUGGACUAGCAAAUACUAUAAAUGUACUGAAAUUAUAUUUACAUUUAAGUGAAACUUUUUUCAUCUUCUAUUUAACUAUAAUAAAAUUAGCCACACUUUAAUCACUAAGAUAUUUCUUAUAAUCACAUUAAGUAAUAUUAGAUUAUAGAUAUUUAACUGCAAAAACCUCUGCUCUUAAAAGGCCAGUCAAAAUAUCAAUCAUGAAAAUUGACAUAACAUUCCAAAGAUUGUGUUAGUGAUAUAACAAAAGAAAUGAAUGCUUACACUGAUUUCAUCUUGUUAAGCAUUGGAUAUUUUUUUUUAGCACAUAUUUUGUGAAAUUCCAUUUUACUGUGGCCAUUUUAGUACAUUUCACUUGUUUUGGAAUGUAAAACUUGUUAAUUUCUUUUGAGGUUGUGAUUGAUGCAGUACUGAUUCUCUUGGGUUUUUUUUGUGUGUGUAGUUGUGUUGAUUGAAGGUAAUGGAAGUAUAGAAAUCUGUGGUAAUUAAUUUAAAAUACUAUGCAUUUGUCAUUUAAUAAUAAUUACAUUAUUUGAACUUUCAUGGCUCAUCAACCUUAAUUAACCAAAAUAUCCAAGUUUGUCAUAUUUACUGUAGGUCAAUUUUAUUUAUGAAAUAGCUUUACCCAUUACAUUUUUGCAUAACACCUGCAGUUAAUAAAUUAUGCUCAAUAUUAGUAUUUCUGAAGUCAUUUAGAAAUUGCUGGGAAAUUUUAAUAGAAAUGUUAAGUCAUUUGUAUUUAGUUUUAAUGGUAAAUUAUAAUUUUCAUAACAAUUGCAUAAAAAAUGAAUCAUGUUUUAUCACUGUGAGGUUGCCUUUUUGAUGCUGUGAUGAAAGUAUGAAAUAUGUUUUUGUGAUCUAUUUCAUGAUUGUACAUAAUUUACUUUAAAAAAAUGAUUGAGCACUAUUUUCUGUGUCUUAUACUUAUAAAUAUGUUUGCUUACAAUAAUUUAAAACAUGUAGCAAAAAAAAUUAAAUUAGUAUCUAUGCUAUUGAGAAGAAACAAUUUAGUUGUACAUUGCUAGAAAGUAAUGUGUGGGUUUUAUAAAUCUAAUGGUUUUAUUUUAAUAUGACAGUAUUUUUGUUUCACUAUAUGCUGCAUGUUAGGAAAUCAAAUUUCAACCAAUUUUCAAAUAGCUUUAAAAUAUUGAAUCUUUCCACAUUUUAGAUUGAUAAAAUGAAUCAAGUAGUUGGCUAAAGUUAUUUUUUAAAAAUACUUGUAGAUCACAUUGAAUUAAAAGAUAUGUAUUUAAAAUUUGUAUUUUAUGCAUUUAUAGUUUUCUUUGGAUUAAAAAUUGUAUAAACCAAUCUGUAAAAUUUGUGUGGGCUACAGUUCAAUCUUACAUAAUCCAAAGUUGUACCUACAUGAAGAUUUGUAAAAUUUUUAGGGUCUGAUAGUGUGUGAUUUAAAAUAGACUAAUUGUGUAAAACUUUCUUUUUAAACAUGCCCUUAUUUUAAUCAAAGACCCAAGGUUAAGCUAGAUAGGGCCCACUUAUUUAUUUUUAUUCUGUCAUUGACUUUCUUUUUUCUAGGUCUGUAAAAGAUAUUCUUAGAUUUCAUUAUCACUUUUGUUUUACACAAUUAAGAGAUUUAAGCAAGAGAAAAAAAUUUACAUUUCCAUACAUAUAUACAUGGUUUGAGAAAAAGUGUUUUGAAUGAUACUUCACUACUAAUAGUUAACUGAUUAGUAUCUUGUUCAAAUAAUAAUAUAACUUGCUCUGUUUAAAUUUGGGAGUGAUUGUGAAUUUUUUUUCUAUUACACCAUGUAUUUAAAGUAUUUUUUACUUCUAGAAAUUGUUUGCUUGUACAGUAUAUGUUAUGGCUUAGUUAAUUUUGUUUCCAGUUGUCAAUUAACUGAGCUGUUUUGUCUGUGGAUUGAAGUCACAAAAAAGCUGAAUGAACCAAAGCAUGUAAUUAGCAUGGAUGAUGUUCCACAAGGUUUCUUGGGAAUCUUUUGAACUUAGAACAUAAUUAUUUAAACUGUGCACUGAAUAAAAGCAGUGUAAGAGAACUAAUUUACAGUGCAGCUAAAGUUUGGUGAUGGCUUAUAGUUUGUGAUUUAGUUGUGUGGUGUGUAAACCACAUUAUUUUUAAAUGAUGGUUUAAGUUAUUAAACUUCAAUUGUUUCUCUGUUGUUUUUGUGUGUGUGUGUUUGUAUUUACAGUGGAUUAACUAUAAAAAAAAGACAAAAAUGUUUUAGUUCAUCUUUGUUAAAUUGUGUACAUAUAUCAUGUUCUUGCAUUGAAAGAUGUAUUUUUUUUCUCUUGUCUGUUUUAUUGUCAUACUUGAUGCCAUGUACAUUGUCUUCACUGCGUAAUUUAAGAUAAACAUACAAUGGAAUAAAUAAAUAAAUAAGUUUG